AUGCAUUCAGCUUUGAGUCCAUUCACUUCUGUUCUGAUCUUCGUUGUCGACGAACACACAGUCUUAAAUUCUGUUCUGACGAUCAAGAUUCAUCAUGUUGCUCAAGGUUUACGUCGAUCUUCGCUCACAGCCUUGCCGUGCACUCAUCAUCUUUCUCAAAAAUACCAAAAUCCCUUUUGAAAUUGAAACGAUUAAUCUGAGAACUGGUGAUCAUAAGAAACCCGAGUUUGUAAAGAUAACUCCUCUCUGCACAUUGCCGGCCAUUCAAGAUGGUGACUUUAGUUUAGGAGAAACUGUGGCGAUUAUCCGGUACUUGGCAACGAAGUAUUCAGACCUAGUCCCAGACCACUGGUAUCCAAAGGACCUGAAGAAAAGAGCCAGAGUUGAUGAAUACAUGGCCUUUCACCAUACAGGAACAAGAGGAGGAUGCUGUGGGAUAUUCAUCAGUGAGGUUCUCAUCCCGUUAUAUUCUGGAGGAAAGCAGCAUGCAUCGGAGGAAAGGUUGAAGAGAGACGAAGAAAACCUUACCAAACAAAUAGACAAGCUGGAGACUGCUUUCUUGCAGGAUAACGAUUGGUUGGCUGGAGAUGAUAUCUCUGUCGCUGACGUGCUCGCCGUCUCGGAGAUCAUGGAGAACACUGUAAAUGGACGAGAUGUAGCAGAGGGGCGACCUAAACUUAGGGCCUUCAUAGAUCGUGUGAAGAAUCGUCUCAAUCCUGUCUUUGAUGAAGUGCACGAAGCGUUGUAUGCAUUUAGGGACAGCUAUAACAAAUAGAUUAUCAGUGAAAAUUCUUUUGAAGGACUCUCAAAUUUCCACAAGUCUUUAUUAAUAUUGAAUCCUCCUUUAUAAAUCCUUUGAGUCAAUCGAAUAGUUUUUCUUUACGGCUCUUUUUUCCUGUCAUCUUCGAAAAUGGUUUUUUCGUCUACCCUCUUUUUCUUGGUAAUUUUCCAUUAACACUUGCACUGCACAAUUAACUCUUAAUUUGUUCCU